AGACACAGUACAGGAGAUGGACCAGAGACUGCAGACAUAAUACAGGAGAUGGACCAGAGACUGCGGACAUACAUACAGGAGAUGGACAGGAGAUGGACCAGAGACUGCGGACAUAAUACAGGAGAUGGACCAGAGACUGCGGACACAGUACAGGGGAUGACCAGAGACUGCGGACAAGUACAGGAGAUGACCAGAGACUGCAGACAGUACAGGAGAUGACCAGAGACUGCGGACAGUACAG